GCCAGGGCUGCUCUGAGCAGCCCCCCACGCUCGGGGCUCGGAGGAGAAGAUGGGAAAACUCUACGCGGCUCUCGGGAUCCUUGUGCUCUGCGCUGCUGGCGGCUGGGGGGGUAACAUCUGCACCACCCGCGGGGUGAACUCCUGCAAGCAGUGCCUGGCCGUGAGCCCGCUCUGCGCCUGGUGCUCUGCAGAGGUCGUGCCUCAGUCAUCCCCACGCUGCGACCUGCAUGCCAACCUCCUGCAAAACGGCUGCGGGCCAGACUACAUCGAGUUCCCCACCAGCACCGUAACCAUCCUGGAGGACCGACCCCUCAGCAACAAGGGCUCGGGGAGCUCCACCACCACCCAGAUGAGCCCCCAGAAAAUCCAGCUGAACCUGCGGCCGGAUGACUCCCAGAUCUUUCGCGUCCAAGUGCGUCAAGUGGAAGACUACCCCGUGGACAUCUAUUACCUGAUGGACCUGUCCAACUCCAUGAAGGACGAUCUGAGGAACAUCCAGAACCUGGGCACCAAGCUGGCCAGUGAGAUGCGCAAGCUCACCAGCAACCUACGCAUCGGCUUUGGGGCCUUUGUGGACAAGCCCAUUUCCCCCUACAUGUAUAUCUCUCCUCCUCAAGCCAUCACGAACCCUUGCUAUGAGAUCGGGGAAACCUGCCUGCCCAUGUUUGGCUACAAACAUGUCCUGUCGCUCACGGAUGAGGUGACCCGCUUCAACGAGGAGGUGCGGAAGCAGAGUGUCUCACGGAACCGCGAUGCACCGGAGGGCGGCUUUGAUGCCAUCAUCCAGGCCACCGUGUGCGACGAGAAAAUUGGCUGGAGGAACGACGCUUCCCACCUGCUCGUCUUCACCACAGACGCCAAGACCCACAUCGCGCUGGAUGGCAGGCUGGCUGGCAUCGUGCAGCCCAACGAUGCCCAGUGCCACAUUGACAAGGAUAAUUUCUACUCAGCCUCCACCACGCUGGACUAUCCCUCUCUGGGUCUGAUGACUGAGAAACUCUCGCAGAAGAACAUCAACUUGAUCUUUGCUGUGACGGAUACGGUCGUGGGCCUCUACCAGAACUACAGUGAGCUGAUCCCAGGCACAACUGUGGGCACCUUAUCCAGAGACUCCAGCAACGUCCUGCAGCUCAUAGUGGACUCCUACGGGAAAAUUCGCUCCAAGGUGGAGCUGGAGGUGCGUGACCUCCCCGAAGAGCUGUCCCUGGCCUUCAAUGCCACCUGCCUCAACGAUGAGGUCAUCCCCGGACUCAAGUCUUGCAUGGGGCUCAAGAUUGGGGACACGGUGAGUUUCAGCAUCGAGGCCAAAGUACGGGGGUGCCCACGGGAGCGGCAGAAAUCCUUCACCAUCAAACCCGUGGGCUUCAAGGACAGCCUGACGGUGGUGGUGAACUUCAACUGCAACUGCUCCUGCGAGAGCCAAGCCGAGGCCAACAGCUCGUCCUGCAGCCGGGGCAACGGCACGCUGGAGUGCGGCGUGUGCCGCUGCAACCCCGGGCGCCUGGGCUCGCACUGCGAGUGCUCGGAGGAGGAGUACAACCCCUCGCAGCAGGACAACUGCAGCCCCCGGCCGGGCCAGCCCCUCUGCAGCCAGCGCGGCGAGUGCACCUGCGGGCAGUGCGUCUGCCACAGCAGCGACUUCGGGAAGGUGACGGGCAAGUACUGCGAGUGCGACGACUUCUCCUGCGUCCGCUUCAAGGGCCAGAUGUGCUCGGGCCACGGGCAGUGCAGCUGCGGGGACUGUCUGUGUGACUCAGACUGGACCGGCGACUACUGCAACUGCACCACCCGCACCGACACGUGCAUGUCCAGCAACGGGCUGGUGUGCAGCGGCUACGGCUCCUGCGUCUGCGGCAAGUGCGACUGCACCCAGCCCGGCUCCUACGGCAACACCUGCGAGAAGUGUCCCACGUGCCCGGAUGCCUGCACCAUCAAAAAGGAGUGCGUGGAGUGCAAGAAGUUUGAGCGGGGAGUGCUGAUGGAGCAGCAAUCCUGCAGCCGCAUGUGCCGUGAUGAGAUCGAGACGGUGCAGGAACUGGGUGACCGGGGCAAGGACGCCGUGAACUGCACCUACAAGGACGAGGACGACUGCGUGGUGCGGUUCCAGUACUACGAGGACUCCAGCGGCAAAUCCAUCCUCUACGUUAUCGAGGAGCCAGACUGCCCGAAGGGGCCGGACAUCCUGGUGGUCCUGCUCUCGGUGAUGGGCGCCAUCCUGCUCAUUGGCCUCGCUGCCCUGCUCAUCUGGAAGCUCCUCAUCACCAUCCAUGACCGCCGGGAGUUUGCUCGCUUCGAGGAGGAGAAGGCCAGGGCCAAGUGGGACACGGCCCACAACCCUUUAUACAAAGAGGCUACAUCCACCUUCACCAACAUCACAUACCGCGGGAACAUGUAAGGAUGCCGCAUCCAGCACUGGCCAUGGGAUCAGCCGAGGAUCCAUGGGACCUUCUGGAGUUGGGUUUACAGAAGAGCUUGUGUGUGUCUGUGUGUGCAAGUGUGUCUGCGUGUAAUUUAACAAUCCCUCGACUGCCUCCAGUUGUCCGUCACCCCACUGUAACUGCAGGGAUGUGCUUUCCACAGCAAACCUCUCCUCCUUACCUCGGCGGGUCGUCUCGCAGGAGCCGGCGACCCCUCCAUACACUGAACGUGGAGAAAUGGGACUCUCUGCCCGGCGAGUCUGUGAACUGUUAGGUGCUCAUCAGGCCAAGAGAAUUUUGGGAGUGGCUGCUUGAACUUAAGGCUGAGCCAUGCUCUCCUCUGUGGCCUCUGCUGGUGAAGCUCUGCCUGCUUGGAGAGUCCCCUUGUGCACUGGACAGAUGUGGUUCCCGUGGGUACAGGAGCAGUCUCCUGGGGGGACAGGGCAGCUACGCUCGCUGCCAGCAGGCAGGAGCCAGCGCGUGGCUUCGUGGGGCGAGGACACCACUUGAGCAACCCGGCAGCCCUCUGCUUCUUGCAGCCACGUUUCUGGCACUGCUGUGGCUCGGGACGGUGAAAAGCAGUGCCCCAGCAUCACGGUGCCUUUCCUCAUUUCUUCCACGUGCACUCAGUUUGCACCCCCAGCCAACUCUAUGUAGCAUCAGCUGUGCUGGUCCCAGCUGCAGCCUGGCUCAGCCGCUGGGAUGGUGCUGAGCUCCCCAUGUCCCCCUGCACUGUCCCCAUGCCACAAAGCACAUGGAUGUGCAGGCAGCAGCCUGGGGAGGGUUAUCCCUUGAGCCUGGUCACCUCUCUCUCUUUUCUGUGCUUUUUGGGCUAAGUAACGGCACCAUGCUUGCUUUUCUGUUGUAGCUCAGGGUUCCAGAAGAGCAGCUGUGGUUCAGGCCACAUCCUGCUGCCUGGGGCUGUGUACCAGCUGUGGUUUGUCCCCUUGGGGAAAACAAAAAAAAAUGUCCUGGUCGCAGUGUUUGGCUGUAACUGCUGCUGCCUGGUCCAUGCCCCAGCCAGGGUCCAUGCCCCAGCCAGAGUCUGGUGCCUCUGUUCCCCUCGACUGCACCAAAAAGCUCUGCAUGGAGCUGCUCCCCAGGGCCCCAGCAGCGUGUUGGCCGAACUGGUGGUGGUUGUGCUCCCCCUGUUCCCUGGCUGGCCUGGCCCCAGCAGCAUGGGGGGAGGGAGCUGGGGCUGCGGCCGGGGGCCGGGGGUGGAUGGGCAGCACCCGAGCGGCAGCGAUUCAC